AUGAGUUCUACAAGCAGAGCUUGGAUGGUAGCUGCAAGUAUAGGAGUAGUGGAAGCACUGAAAGAUCAAGGCUUGUGCAGAUGGAACUAUGCACUGAGGUCACUUCAACAACAUGCCAAGAACAAUAUCAGAUCAUAUUCUCAGCAGCCGAAAAAAUUGCUUCCUGCUCUUCCAAAGAAGCUCAGAGAUGACAAGUUGAAACAGUCUGAGGAGUCUCUCAGAACAGUUAUGUAUUUGAGCUGUUGGGGUCCUAAUUGAACCCUCACGCUUGUUUGUGCAGUGCCAAUUUUGCAUUGAAUGUACAUAUAGCUUCCUUUCAGUUUUUAUAAUAAUGUUCCUUCAGCUCUUCUA